AUGGCGACGAAGGUGAAAACCUACACUGCCAACCUCGGCAAGACGCUGCGUGAGACGAACAAGUGCAAGGGCCGAUUGCUGUACUACUUCCCGCCCAAGGAGACGCCAGCUCCGGAAGAAAAGGGUCAAGUGGCCGAGGAUGGCUGGAUCGGCUGGCACAACGAUUCGGGCUUCAUGACGGGACUGACGCCCGACAUGUUUGUGGAUGAUACGGAUGGAUCCGUCAUGGAGAAUCCUGACCCAGAGGGUGCUGGGCUUUGGAUCGUUGAUCGAGAUAGCAGCGCGGUUCGGGUCCGCGUUCCUCCAGAUUGCAUGGCCAUUCAGGUGGGCGAGUGUACCCAGGUGGUCACGGGCGGUGAAUUCGUGGCGACUCCGCACUGCGUGCGCGGCGUGCGGCCGCAGUUUGUUCCUGCUGGGCGCAAGGUGGCGCGUGUGGCUUGCCCCUGCUUCGUAGAUACACAUCCCACCUUCAAACUAAGGAUUCCCGAAGGCUUUUCGGCUGACGAGAUGUUGGCCAAAGGUGUCUCCUCCAAGGUUCCACCGCUUGCGGAGCGUUGGGAGCCUGGUCAGAGUUUCGGCGACUUCUUGGGUGCGACCUUCCGGCGCUACUACGACUGGGCACUGGGAAAGUCGGGUCCUGCGGCAAAGAAAGCGCGGACGGCAUGA